GGCGCUUCCUGACUGUAAACUGUGCCUGUCACUGCACUGGUGACAAAAUGGAUUAUUGCUUUUUAUUGACAGUAUGUGCAUUUAUAUAUUUGCUUGUUUCCAUACCUCAUGCACACAGUGAUUAUGUUGAGACCAAAGCCGCCAAAUUCUUCAGCAGUGGCCACACCAACAACUGGGCAGUUCUGGUCUGCACAUCUAGAUUCUGGUUUAAUUACCGACACGUGGCGAACACACUGUCAGUAUACAGGAGCGUAAAGAGACUGGGCAUUCCAGACAGUCACAUAGUGCUGAUGCUAGCCGACGAUAUGGCCUGUAACUAUAGAAACCCCAAACCAGCCACUGUGUUCAGCCAUAAAAACAUGGAGCUUAAUGUGUAUGGAGACGAUGUGGAGGUGGAUUACAGAGGUUAUGAGGUCACAGUAGAGAAUUUCCUGCGGGUCCUGACAGGACGGCUACCCCCCAGCACCCCUCGAUCCAAACGGCUACUGUCAGAUGAUCGCAGCAAUAUUCUCAUCUACCUGACGGGUCAUGGUGGGAAUGGCUUCCUCAAAUUCCAGGAUUCAGAGGAGAUCAGCAACAUGGAGCUGGCUGAUGCCUUUGAGCAGAUGUGGCAGAAGAGGAGGUACAAUGAGUUGCUGUUUAUUAUAGACACCUGCCAGGGGGCCUCUAUGUAUGAGAGGUUUUACUCGCCCAACCUCAUGGCCCUGGCCAGCAGCCAAGUGGGGGAGGACUCCCUCUCACAUCAGCCAGACUUGGCUAUAGGGGUCCACCUGAUGGACAAGUACACCUUCUACUUACUGGAAUUCCUGGAGGAAGUCCAUCCGGCUAGCCAAGCCAACAUGAAUGAUCUGUUUAAAGUAUGCCCACAGAGUCAGUGUGUGUCCACACCGGGCCACCGUACUGACCUGUUCCAGAGAGAUCCGGGGAGCGUCCUCAUCACGGACUUCUUUGGGAGUGUCCGGAAAGUGGAAAUCACCAAGGAAACCAUCAAUCUGACAUCACUUAUUGAUCAGCCAAUAGAGCGGUCUGUUAGUGGCGCUCUACAAAUCAAUUCAUUGACAUAUGUGGACCAGCUACCAGUGGCUGAAAUAAUUAAUCAGAAACCCAAGCAGAAAGACUGGCACCCUCCUGAUGGCUUCAUUCUGGGGCUCUGGACACUUAUCCUGCUUGUGUUCUUCAAGACCUAUGGCAUCAAACACCUCAAACACAUCUUCUGAUGGAGUCGACCCUCCCAGCACCAGAGGGGUCAAAGAACCGACCACCACAUCAGGGGCCUCCAUAUAGUCUCUCUCAUAAAAGAGCCCACCCUAGCUUUGUUCAUGACUGAUUUGAUCAGGAAUAGCUUUUUAUUCAUCUGACUGAUGCAGGUUUGUUUUCUUUGGGUUUAGAUUUGUGUCAUGUUUUGAAAGUGUACCAUGCACUGACUACUUUGAAACGGUCUUUGUUGUUCACAGAACUGUUGUGAAAUCCAUUUGAAUCUCACAUGGAGACUUUCUUUUGAAAUUAAGAGACACACAGACAGCUUGCAGGGAAGAGCUUUACUUUUUGUUUGUUUGUUUUCUUUUGUGGGUUUGUUCUUUAAUUUCUAGUUACAGUUUCGUUAGCCCAGGGCAGAGUUAAAUUAUUUUCUAACACUUCCAAUGUGGAAUUGCUAUGUAAUGGAAACUUGAAUUGAGGACAUGCCCUCCUCCUAUAUUUCUUCAUUUUGUUCACAGUGGGGUGAAAUAGAGCUGUUGAGGUUUUAGCUUUAAAACCGGAAGAGAAUAAACAUUUGAGCCAUGGGUUCCCUCUGAAAUUUCCAAUGGGCUUUUAGAAUAGCAGUUUUCAAUUUGAGUAAAACAAGGUCUAAAAAACAUUACUUUAAGGCACUUUCACGUUUUGCUCUUCAACAUAAACUACACACAGUCAUACCUCAAAAAUGACUUUUGAAGCUGCUGUAUUUUAAAAAUGCGAGUUGCUGACAAACUAGCAAUGUAAAAAAAAAAAAACACGGGUUGGGACUUUGUGUAAUUUGUUGUAGAACAAAACGUGAAAGUCUCCACAAGUAAUGUUGAACUCAUAGAUCAGAAAACACACUUUGGAAAUUUCAGAGGGAACCCAUGGCGAAGUAGCCUUCCAGGUUGUGCCUACAAAUUGUCGCCGCUUUUUUUUUUUUUUUUUUUUUUUUGCAGAUAUCCAAAACUAGUGUAUGUAAUUUCUGUAUUAUUGCCUUUUUUAAAUCUAUUCUGGUUAAUGGGACUGUAUAAUUUGCACUCACAUUAUUUAAAACAUUUAAUUGUAAAAUAAUUUAGCAGUUUAUAAUGCUGUGAUUUUACAGAUUGUGGCUUUACACUGAACUAUUCUACUAGAACAGUACUGAAAGGCUGUGUAGGGGAUGAACGUGGAGAAUCUGGUUGUGUAGAAUGUCGAACAAUACCCCGAGGUAGCACUGAGAGGACUUUUUGGUUGUGAGUGAAAGAAAGGAAUGUCUGGGUCAUAUUUCACUCAUUUGUUUUUUUUUGUUUUUUUUUUUACUGUUUUCCAUGAUAUUUAAGCACAUUUUACCCUAAAUUCUAUUUACCAUAAUGUGAAAAAAACAACAACAAAAAAAACAUUUUUAACAAAAUAGAGUAAUGAAAAUAUCCAUGUCAUAUUUUACUCCUAUUAUAUUUUGGAUAAAGAAAAUUAAACCAAUUUUUAAGACCAUUAAGAUUUGUUUCCACCUUUUUUCCAUAACAAUUAAGCACAUUUUAACCCCAAAUUCUCAUUACCGCAUAGUAAAAAAUAAAAAACAAAAAGCUCAUUGUAAUUACUGUAGUACACUUUAACUUUUACUUUUUUUUUUUUUUAAGUCAGCAUAAAUUAAAUUCAGUACAUAAAAUACUACAUGAUACAUAUUUACAAUUGUACUUUACGAAUGUACUUAAUUAAAUGAUAUUUUUUUGUGUGUGUUACAGUAUAAGAAUUGAUUUGCAUUACUUGCCAACUGAAAUUUGAAUGUACUUAAAUGUGCUUAAUUGUCAUGAAAAUAAUGUCACAAUGCAAAAUAAUUGUAAAGGUCCUAAAAAAUAGGGUUAAUUUUAUGUAUGCAAAAUAUUAUUUUUUUCUUUACAUGUCCUGACAGAUUUGAUGAGAUUCACCCAAAAUAUCAUGUGAGGAAGUAAACAAUCACAACAUUUCCACACACAGUAACUAAACAACCCUUUGGCUGUGCCCUGAAUUUGUCCAUUAGCAUCUCCAAUCCACUUGAACUGUUACGAACAUGCUUUUAAAAGGGGUCGACCGAAUUCACCCCCAGCCACACAGUAAGUGUGAAUGAGAGACUUACAAAUUGCAGGACUCAGUCAUUUUUUUGUUUGUGUGUCUGCCUAAUGCAUCAUGAACUGUUGGUGCUGGCCAGUGGCCAGGCAUCCAGCAUUGUUCAGGACAUCAGAAAAUUCACUGGCAUUUACAUGUGCUGUGUGAGUUAAUGCAUUAUGUGGGGUGGGGUGGGGGUUAUAUAUAUAAAACUGGUAAAAGAUGACAUUUUAAAUAAAGCCUGCAGUGAAAAGAC